AUGACAGAAGAAUUUUGGGCACAAUAUAAAAAGAAGAAGGACUUGACUUAGACUAAUAUAAUAUGGAAGAAUGUAUACCUUACAGUCUUAUUUAUGAAAAUACUAUAGAUUGCUGACGGCAUUAGAUAAGAUUAGAUUAGAGAAAAGCAUCCAGAUGAGUUGUACGCAAUCUGUAGGACAGACAAUAACUAUUGGAGACAUUAUCGAGCCUCGCCUAAAUUGACGAUUGAUGAGCUGUCUAUGAUGAUUUGUCGAGAGGUUGGCUGUGAUCUUGCUUAUUGCUAAAAUUUAAUGUGGAAACCAAAAACGCCCAAUUAAAACAUCGGAGAUUGCAUGGAUUAGUAUCAUAAUUUCAGAGAUUGUAUAAUUAGAGAAAAGAAGAUGUUUAGAAGUAUAGUAGGAAACAUAGACACAAAGGCCAACCCAAUGGCGAUUCCAGAUUAUCUAGAAAAACAUUUCAAAGAAAAGGAAGCCUUGAAGAGGCAGAGAUAAAUGAUGGGAGGUGAUGAAGAGGAACUCAAAGCUAGAAUAAGGAAAAUGGAUGAGGAAAGCUCAAUGCUCAAAGCUAAGUUAAUAGAUACCACUGAAUUCAAGAAUAAAAAAGAGAAAAUAGUAAUGGGAGAAAAAGAGGAAAAAUACAUGUGA